AUGGCUUCCAACUCGAGACCCGUUCCCUCCCAGAUAGCGCACCUGGGGCUCCGGACAAAGAACCACGAGAAGCUGAUCAGGUUCUACCAGACGCUGCUGGGGGCCACGGUCGUGCUCGAGAACGACUUCAUCUCCGUCCUCACCUGGGACCAGGAGCACCACCGCCUGGCCAUCAUCCACGACGCGACAGCGGUCCCCAAGCAGCCCAACUCCAGCGGCAUGGACCACAUAGCGCUCAAGUUCGACUCGCUGGCCGACCUGCUCCAGGUGUACCGCCUGGCCAAGGAGGGCGGCGUCGAGCCCAAAUUCUGCCUCAACCAUGGCGCGACCACCAGCUUGUACUACCUCGACCCGGACAACAACGAGGUCGAGAUUCAGAUCGAGGGCUUCGACAACGUCGAGGACAUGCAGAAGCACAUGAAGAGCCUGGACCCCAAAAAGGUGCGGGCUGUGCGGUUCGACGCGGAGGACCUCCUGCGCCGGUUCGAGGCAGGAGAGGACGACGAGACCCUGAGGAAGGCAGGGUUCAUCGGCCCGCAACCUAGUCAUGUUGGCACGUCGACUGCUGCUAUCGUCGCUCAAUGA